AUGUUGUUGUUCUCCAAAGACCAGGAACUCUUGGAGUAUAUCAAUGAGGUCUUUUGUGCUCAACGAGGACACCGAAUGUUGGUCUACGAGUACAUGAACCGCGGUUCACUCGACCGGAACCUCUUCGGAAGUGCUGGACAGCCGGUUUUGGAAUGGCAAGAGAGAUUAGACGUUGCACUUGGAACAGCGCGCGGACUCGCUUAUCUUCAUAGCGGAUGUGAGAAAAAGAUAAUUCACUGUGAUAUCAAACCAGAGAAUAUUCUUCUGCAUGAUCAAUUUCAAGCUAAUAUAUCUGAUUUCGAUCUUUCGAAGCUUCUCAGUCCUGAACAAUCUGGUUUAUUCACAACAAUGCGAGGAACUCGCGGUUAUCUUACUCCGAAAUGGCUAACAAACUCAGCAAUAUCUGAAAAAACUGAUGUAUACAGUUACGGAAUGGUGUUUCUUGAACUGAUCAGUGGUAGAAAAAACUGUUCAUUCAGAUCCAAAACUCACAGCAUGGAUGAUGAACACAACAACAGCAGUGGAAACAAUGGAAAUUCUUCAAACUCGUCAACGACGGAACUUGUUUAUUUUCCACUAUUCGCAUUAGAGAUGCACCAACAAAAGAGUUACAUGGAUUUAGCCAAUCCAAGACUAGAAGGACGUGUUACAUUUGAUGAAGUUGAGAAACUUGUUCGUAUUGCAUUGUGUUGUAUUCAUGAAGAUCCAACACUUAGACCAAACAUGGUUACUGUUGUAGGAAUGUUGGAAGGUGGAACACCAUUGCCACAACCUAGGAUGGAGUGUUUGAAUUUCUUGAGAUUCUAUGGUCAAAGGUUUUCUGAGGCUUUUGUUGUAGUUGAAGAAAAUGAACAUGGUCCUGUGAGGGUUCAGCAGCCACGUGACUUAAUAGGGUUGGUUAGUGGGUUUUCUUACAUAUCUUCACAACAAAUAUCAGGGCCAAGAUAG